UAAAUCCUACAAAUUGUGUUAGUAUUAUGAAGAUUACCGAGUUAAUACAAUUGAACAAAGAAAUUAAUAGUUUUUGUUGGGCGUAUUUUUUAAAUAAUUUCACUAUGAUUGUGAAUUCGGCUUUAGAAGCGGAACUAUAUGGGUUUCCAAUUGAAGAUGUCCUUAAAAUGAUUAAACAUGAUGAUUUAGUAAUUGAUUCUGAGGAAAAGGUAUUUGAUUUCAUCAUUGGUUGGAUAAGCUAUAACACAAAUGAACGAAAGCAUAUGUUUUUGGAUCUAAUGAAAUGCAUACGGUUGCCUUUAAUUUCAAUUAAAGGACUUAAACGGAUUUGUAAUGAACCAUUGUUAUCAAAUAACAAAGAUUUUAUGAUGGACAUGUUAAAAGAAAUGAACAAUACAAAACCUCUAAAUACACAACGAAGAAUUCCUGCGUCAAAUAUUAUUGUUGCAAUUAAUGGUCCUAUCCCUGGAGAAGAUUCCUGUGUGAAGUAUAUGGAUAUUAAAAACUGUGAUGACUUAAAAUGGAAAUCGAGCGAUCAAUUAUUUUUUAUCCCUCUCCGUUUUCUAACAACGAUGGUACUCUCGGAAAAUGGGAUAAUACUUGCCGUUGGCGGGUUAGAUGAGUCUGGUAAUCAUGUCAAUCUUGUAGAAGAGCUUGAUCUUAAGUCAAAAUCAAAACAAUGGAUUUCUACGAGGCCAUUGAUUCAACCACGAAAAGAUUUUAGUGUUUGUACUCACAAGCAAUACGUCUAUGUUGUCGGAGGCACUGAUUUCUCAAGUGUGAAUCUGUCGAGCUCUGUAGAAUAUUAUGAUAUAAAUUCAAAAGUAUGGACCGAAAUUAUUGAACCAAUGCCCACUGCUCGAGCCUACAGCGGCUCCACAAUUUUUCAUAAUAAAUUAUAUGUUUUUGGUGGAUAUUAUGGUGAUUUUCUUGCGACUGUAGAAUAUUAUGAUUUUGAAAAGAAACACUGGAAACAACUCGAUCCUAUGCCGAUUUGUAAUUAUAACAUUUGUAUAUCACGAAUAGAAAACGUCAUUUAUCUCGUUGGUGGUCGUAGAGCACCUAAACGAGUUUUUAAGUUUGAUUUACAACAUUAUAAAUGGUUUGAAAUGCCUAACAUGAACAUGGACACAUUUGGAGAUUGCUCGAGUGUUGUUAUCAUGAAAAACGACUUAUUCGUGUUUAUGAACGAUGGAGGAACAGUUCAUUGUGAAAGAUAUGACAAAGAAGAAAGACAAUGGAAAUCGGUAGACAGUGCAGGAAAGCAAACAUACAAAUUUUGUAAUAUGAUUACUUUUAAUGAUAUUGCUCUUAAAUCCUACGGUAUAUACUUAUAAUACUAUUUUUUUAUAUUAUUUUGUUGUUGAUGAUACUUUGGGAGAACUUCAUUGUGUAAAAAUAUGGCAUAUAGUU